AUGGAAUACCAGAAUUAUACUGCUUCUUCCAUUACACACUUCAUUAUUGCUGGAAUUCCUGGGCUUCAGGACUGGAAAGAACGGAUUGCUCUAGCUAUAGUCUUCUUUGUGAUAUACACUGUUACCAUUAUAGCAAACUUAAUUUUCCUUAUUAUAAUAAAACUUGACCAUGCUCUGCACUCCCCAAUGUACCUGUUUAUCUGUAACCUGGCUUUCCUGGAUCUUCUUAUUCCUUCUGUUACCAUCCCAGAGAUGCUCUACUAUUUGAUAACAGAGGAUGGAUUUAUUGCUUUUGGUCCAUGCAUUAUGCAGAUGUAUUGCUAUCUCUCCUUCUUAGUAGCAGAAGCUUUCACGUUGGUGGGCAUGGCUUAUGAUCGUUACCAGGCUAUAUGUAACCCAUUAGGUUAUUCCACUGUUAUGACCACAAAGCAUGUCUUCAUUUUAUCAGCUUUGAGUUGGGCAGUAGGUAUAAUAGAAGCUAUGAUCCAUGUGUACUUUGUACUCACUGCAACUUUUUGUGGCCCAAACAGAAUUGAAUACUUUUGCUGUAAUUAUGCACCGAUUAUAUUAUUGGCUUGUACUGAUGUCUCUGUUCACAAUCAAUACAAUAUGGGUAUUUCUUUAAUUAUCAUCUCAGUUCAGCUGUCUCUUAUUUUAUAUUCUUAUGGAAAGAUAAUUACUGCAGUGCUUAGAAUCUCUUCUAUUGAGGGUCAGUCAAAAGCCUUUUCCACGUGUGCCAGCCAUGUUCUAGUCAUUAGUGUUUUUUUCCUGGUUCUAGCUUUUCUGUUCAUUUCCUAUGGCAUGUCAGGAAUUCCAGAUCAAAUACGUACUCUGGCUGCUAUCAUCCAAAACUUGUUGCCUUCUUUAGUCAAUCCCAUUAUUUACUGUCUGAAAACAAAAGAAAUCAGGAUCAGUAUUACCAAAAUGCUCACAAAAUGCAGAAUGUGGGCAUCUAUCAGUUGA